AUGCGAGGUACUGUUGCUUCAGAAGAUCUACUUUUUGAUUCAGAAAUUGAACGCACAGCACGAAGCAACAGAAGUAGUGCAAGAAGAAGAAAGCGAGAAAGAAGAAAGGAACAGAGACGAAUUGAGCAAGAAGAGGAGAGAUCAACAAUGGCAGAAGAACAAAAUCCGAGAAAGACUAUACGUGAUUAUUCUAUGCCAGAUCCUAAUGGUUAUCAAGGAAGCAUUGUGAGACCUCCUAUUCAAGGCAAUAAUUUUGAAAUCAAGCUUGCCUUGUUACAAGUCAUUCAACAGAAUCAAUUUGGAGGUGCAGUUUCAGAAGAUCCUAAUUCUCACCUGGAGAAUUUUCUGGCAAUCUGUGAUACUUUGAAGUAUAAUGGAGUUUCAGAUGAUGCAAUUCGUUUGAGGCUUUUUCCGUUUUCACUACGGGAUAAAGCUAAAAGCUGGCUUCAAUCACUACCUCAAGGAAGUAUUUCUACAUGGGAGGAUAUGGCUACAAAAUUUGUAACCAAAUACUUCCCUCCUUCCAAAUCAGCGAAAAUGAGGAAUGAGAUCACCUCCUUCGUGCAGCAAGACAAUGAAUCCUUAUAUGAGGCGUGGGAGAGGUACAAGGAGCUAAUGAGGAAGUGUCCACAUCAUGCUUUACCUGAAUGGUUGCAAGUGCAGACUUUCUAUAAUGGUCUUUCACCCACUUUUAAGGCAAUGUUGGAUGCAGCAAGUGGAGGAUCAUUCAUUUUGAAAACACCAGAGGAAGCUUUGGAGACUUUAGAAUUAAUGGCAAACAACACAGUGAAUAUGCAGUUUGACCGUCAGAAUAGAAAAGCUGGAGUGUUGGAGGUUAAUACUUUGGAUGCUAUCUUAGCACAAAACAAGUUGUUAACACAGCAGAUGAAUGAUUUGACUCAGAAGCUGGGAAAUAUGCAAGCAAAUAAUGUGAAUACAAGAUCUCCAGGGUGUGAUUUUUGCGAAGGAAUGCAUCAAAAUGGUGAAUGUCAGGCCACUCACCAAGAGGUACAAGUAAAUGCAGUGGGACAACAACAAAAUCAAGUUUCUACCAACUUUAAUGCAAAUUGGAGAUCCCAACAAACGAGACCUUGGAGUAAUCCAAUCCAAUCUAACCCGCCAAGGCCUUCAUAUCAAUAUCAAGCUCAGCCCAACAAUCAGGGAAAAAAGAUGUUUACGUUGGAAAAUGCACUAGAGAAGUUAACUAUGCAAACUUUUACCUUUGUGGAGCAGACUUCAAAUUUCAUGAGUGAGACAAGAAUAAACUUCAAGAACCAGGAAGCUUCAAUAAGAAAUUUAGAGAACCAGAUUGGUCAGCUUUCAAGACAACUCUCUGAGAGAUCUCCUGGCACAUUCCCUAGUGACACUAUACCAAACCCAAGAGAGCAAUGCAAGGCAAUUCAAUUGAGGAAUGGAAGAGUGAUAGAGAAUGAAAAAAAAAAGUGA